AUGCAAGCAGUUGGCCUGGUGUCCAUCACUGUGGCUAUGAGCAGUGGGCACGGUGCCCUGCUGGCAGCCAGUAAUGCGGGCAGUGUAAAGCCAGUGGCUCAGAUCACAGUAUAUGACCAGGAGAACUUCCAGGGCAAGCGCACGGAGUUCACUUCAUCCUGCCAGAACAUUCUUGAGUGUGGUAUGGACAACAUCCGCUCCCUGAAGGUGGAGUGUGGAGCCUGGGUGGGUUAUGAGCAUUCUAGCUUCUGUGGACAGCAGUUUAUCCUGGAGAGAGGAGACUACCCUCGCUGGGAGGCAUGGAGCGGCAGCAAUGCCUACCAUAUCGAGAGACUGACAUCCUUCCGUCCAGUCUGCUGUGCUAACCAUAAGGAGUCCAAGAUUGUAGUGUAUGAGCGGGAGAACUUUAUUGGGCACCAGUGGGAAAUAAAUGAUGACUAUCCCUCUCUUUUGGCCAUGGGUUGGCCCAAAAAUGAGAUUGGAUCCAUGCAAGUGCAAAGUGGGGCCUGGGUUUGCUACCAGUACCCUGGCUAUCGUGGAUACCAGUACAUUUUGGAGAAUGACCAUCAUGGUGGAGAGUUUAAACACUACAGAGAAUGGGGCUCCCAUGCUCAUACCUUCCAGGUGCAGUCACUCCGCAGAGUCCAGCAGUGA